AUGACUAGCAAAGACCGUGACCAUAUGAACGAGUAUAAGGUGAUCGUGGAGUACAACUCUGAGAGAAUCGUCUCCUAUUUACCAAAUGGGUUGUUCCCAAGGGGAAUCCUAGAAGAUUCUAAUUAUUUUAGCCAUGUAGCUUGUAAGUUGAAACAACUGGAAGUCUCUCCUGAGAUAGAAUUUUAUCAUAAAUCGAAACAAUGGAAACCCCUAAACUCCGAAAAGGAUUACUGUCACGCUGCUGUCACUUUACUUUCCACUCACAUGCUUUUUAUAAGUAUUAAGGAGAAGGAUUACAAGAUUGCUGGAGAUGAAGAAAUCACAGUGUCUCGUGAUUUGCUGACGUCAUUGACUGUGCAGAUGGCUCAAUUGGAAUUGUCUCUAAGGCAAGAAAGAUUAGAGAAAACUACUGAUAAGGAGGACAUCUAUUUUGAUAUUGAUCCUCAAAAUACUGAAUUGUUUGAAUUUUAUUCAAAUGUUAAAUCCUCGGAAGAUUUAGAAGAUGUCAUGAAUGGUUAUAAGACAUAUCAAAAGUGGAUUCAAAAAUUUAAUAGUGAUGAAAAAUAUUUAGAAAAUCAAUUAGAAAAUAUGCUGGUAUUGACUAAACAUCCAGUUGUACCUUCUUUGUCCAAACAACAAUCGUCAAAGAAAGUAGAUGAUGUGGAAAGAGAUAAUGUCCAUAAUAAGAGUACGAACAAUAAAAAUAGUAAUAAUAACUAUCCCUUCACUCUAACUAUCUAUGAAAAAGAUUUGAAUUUUUGCUUUAAAUUGAAAAAUAAUACCGAUAUGUACUUCCCAAAUAAAUUGAAUAUUGUGACUAAUUUGGAUGGUGGAUCAUAUGUUAUAUCUGUACCACAUGGGAUCGGUCCUCAUAAUCAACGCAUAUUCACUAGAUUUAAGAGAGAAUUUGGUUCAGAUUGUCAAAUCUCAGAUUUUAUGUAUUUCCAAAUUAAAGAUAUGGAUGAGAAAACUGUCCUAUAUGAAGGUAUUAGAAGUAAGUUUGAUAAUGAACAAUCGAUAUUUAAACUAAGAUCGGUGAAUCAUUUGAUUCUUAGUGGGAUAAAUUUAGAGAAAUUACAAAACCAUACCUCGACAACAUCUCCACCAUCUGUAAGAUCUUCUGUUGAUGCUCGUGAUAUAAUCUCAACUACUGUUAGUAGUAACAUUAAUGACUCUGCAAGCGGGCGUACCUUUGAUGAAUAUGAUUUUCUAAGCGAAACAGAGUUCGAGGAUUACUAG